AAAGAAAACAAAGGGAAGGUUUAAGAAAGACCAACCCAAUACUUAGGGAAACCCUACAAAACAUUUGCAACAGAAUCACAAACAUAACCUUAAAAAACAAACGAAAAACAAAGAAAGAUCAUCGAUGGCAGAAAGAAAAGAAGGAACAAGUUGUGAGAUCUCUUUGAAGGAUCAAGGUAACGAGUUUUUCAAGUCAGGAAAAUAUCUCAAAGCUGCUGCACUCUAUACUCAAGCUAUCAAAAAGGACCCUUCAAAUCCCACACUUUUUAGUAAUCGUGCUGCAGCGUUGCUGCAACUGGAUAAGCUUAACAAAGCUCUUGAUGAUGCUGAAAUGACAAUUAAAUUAAAACCCGAAUGGGAAAAGGGACAUUUCCGGAAGGGAUGCAUAUUGGAGGCCAUGAAACGAUACGAUGAUGCCUUAGCUUCCUUUCAGAUAGCUUCACAGUAUAACCCACAAAGUCAAGAAGUAUUGAAAAAGAUAAAGAAGAUAAACCAACUAGUGAAAGAUAGCAAGCGAGCUCAAGAAGUGGAGAAUAUGAGAUCGAAUGUUGACAUGGCCAAACAUUUAGAUACACUGAAACCUGAAAUGUCUGAAAAGUAUGGAUCUGAAGAAAGCUGGAAAGACAUGUUCUCAUUCCUUGUUGAGACCAUGGAGACUGCUGUAAAAUCAUGGCAUGAAACUUCUUCAGUGGAUGCUAGAGUUUACUUUCUUCAUGAUAAGGAAAAGACGCAGACCGAUAAGUAUCCCCCAAUUGUGAAUAUUGAUAAGGCCUUUGAGUCACCAGAAACACACAGCAGCUGCUUUCCAUUUCUUAGGCAGUAUGCCGAGGAGUCUUUCUCAAGAGCUGCCUGCUUAGUGGCUGCGAAAAACAUAAUUUCUUAUCCACAGGUCUGGAAAGGCCAAGGAUCAAGGAAAUGGAAACAUGCACAGAAUGAUGGUUUCUUUGUUCAAUUUGAGUCUCCUUCCGUGCGAAAAUUGUGGUUUAUUCCCAGUUCAAAUGAAAAGGGACAGAUACUGUGCAGGGAUCCAGAAAUUUUGGACGUUGGUGCUCAUGAAGUUGUUCCUCGCUUGUUCAAAGAAAAGACCUCUCAAUCUUAAUGUACUUGACUGAUAUUUGCCGAAUAUUUAUAAAAAUGAUAGGCUCACAGAAAAUUUCAGUUCCUAUGUUUUGUUGUCUCUUUGGAAUGUAAAAUAAUGCUGGAAAGAUGUGCUUCACAUUUUUGUUUUAUUUUUUUAGAAAUUAUCCAAGCUUUCAAGGAGUUGCAUUUUUUGGCAAUUAUUUUCACGGUUUGAUUGCUCUUGAUCUAUUCUGGAAACUGGCCAUUAGUUUGUUUAUCACUGUUGAGGCAAGUUUGUAGACAGUAGGUAUAGAUGUUGUAUCUGUAUUUUGUGGUUGAGUGAUUGAUAUUAAAUCUUCUGGUUAAUUCUCUGGUUA